UUGAUUCAGAUUUUGAACUCUAGAAAAUUUUUAUCAGUGGAAAAUUUCAUUUUCAAAAUAGAAUUUGAAGUGAUCAUGGAGAAAAACUCUUGCCGUAAAUCUGAUUGAAAAUGCAGUCUUUCUAAACAGUGAAGAAAUAUUUCAACGUAACCGCUAUCGUUUUAAUUGACUAAUAUUGAAAAUAAUCAUGAGUAAACUUCGUCACGCAUCCUCUUUGAUACUGGUUACAAGGAAUGGAUUGGUAAAAAAUCCUAUUGCCAAAAAUAAUGACAUAAGUACAGUAGCUCUAAGGAGAAGUCAAAAAGCUUCUCAUUUUCCGGACUCGUAUGUUUUUCCCGGCGGAUAUUGCGACCCAGCUGAUGAAAAUCCUGACUGGUUGAAAGUCCUUCCACAAUCGGAAUUAAAUGUUCAAUUAAAUUUGAAGGAAAAACUUCCCGAGUCCUCCAGUAACUCAGUACUACCAAAAGCAGUAUCGCGUAGAAUAACAGCGAUUCGAGAAACAUUUGAAGAAUGUGGAAUACUCCUAUGCAAACAAGAAACUAAUUCGAUAGAAUUUUUGGCAAAAAAUUACGAGCUUGAAAAUAAAGACAUCUGGAGAGAGAAAAUACGCAAUGAUCCAUUUGAAUUUUACAAUUUUUGUCAAACGUAUAAAUGUUUUCCCAAUUUAAAAUGUUUGCAUCUUUUGAGCAACUGGAUCACACCAAUUACGUAUUUGAAACGCUUCAACAGCAUAUUCUUCAUUGCCGCUGUAGAUCAUGAAAUUGAAAGUGAAGCUGAUCACAAAGAAAUUCAAGUGGUUAAGUGGGGCCCAGUUAAUUACUUUCUAAACGAUGAAAACAUUUUUUUACCACCUCCUCAAGUAUAUGAAUUAAUGCGACUACGGAAUUUUGCCAACUUCGAUGUCUUAUGCAAAUUCCUCACAAAAUUAGACAAUACUAUUUGUGAAGCUUACUUACCAAUCCAUGUAAAUACAUCAGAUGGAUUUGUUAUGAUACUACCAGGCGAUGAAAAAUAUGAAGAAUUUUUGAAUAUGUUGACUGGAAAUACAAUCGAUUUGGAAUAUGAGAUUGUUCGAUUUCGUGGAAAAAUAAUGAACAGAGUCGAAUACAAAUACCAAGAUGGAUCUAAAGCGACUAAAGCUGAAGCCAUCGUAAAAAAUGUUGGCACCGAUAAUUUGACUGAUACACAUUUACAAAGUAAAUUAUGAACAAUGUGAUAGUAUACUAGGUCAAAUUAAAUCGUGACAUGAAUGCUAUGUCACCGUAUUAUCGUUAAUUAAUGGGUUUGUAUUGGUAAAUAAAUUAACCAUUAUGCAGAAAAA